AUGAUGACCAUAUCUUUGAUCUGGGGAAUUGUGGUAGCAAUGUGCUGCUGUUUGUGGCUUAUUCUUGGAAUAAGGAGAAGAAAAAUGGGUGAACCUCCUCUGGAGAAUGGGCUGAUUCCUUACCUAGGAUGUGCUCUGCAAUUUGGUGCCAACCCUCUUGAGUUCCUCAGAGCAAACCAAAGGAAACAUGGUCCUGUUUUCACCUGCAAACUGAUGGGAAACUAUGUCCACUUCAUCACAAACCCCCUGUCAUACCAGAAAGUGCUGUGCCAUGGAAAAUACUUCGAUUGGAAAAAAUUUCAUUUCACUACUUCUGCAAAGGCAUUUGGGCACAAAAGCAUUGACCCGAGUGAUGGAAACACCACUGAAAACAUAAACAAAGCUUUCAUCAGAACUCUGCAGGGCGAUGCCUUGAACUCCCUCACGGAAGCCAUGAUGGAAAACCUGCAGUUGAUCAUGAGGCCUCCCGCCGCACCUGAGCCAAAGAAGCCUGCCUGCUGGGUGACGGAGGGGAUGUACACCUUCUGCUACAGAGUGAUGUUCGAAGCCGGGUACUUAACUAUCUUUGGCAGAGAUCUCAUGGGACAAGAUGCACAGAAAGCGCUUAUUCUAAAGAAACUUGACAACUUCAAGGAAUUUGACAAAAUCUUCCCGGCCCUGGUAGCAGGCCUCCCCAUUCAUGUGUUCAAGACCGCACACCACGCCCGGGAAAAACUGGCCGAGGGCUUAAGGCAUGAGAACCUGGGAAACAGAGAUCACAUGUCAGAACUGGUCAGGUUUCUCAAUGACAUGCUCUCCACCUUAGAUGACAUGGAGAAGGCCAAGACGCAGCUCGCUGUCCUGUGGGCGUCACAAGCAAACACCAUUCCGGCCACUUUCUGGAGCUUAUUUCAAAUGAUGAGGAGCCCUGAAGCAAUGAAAGCAGCUACAGAAGAAGUGAAUAAAACACUAGAGAGUGCUGGUCAAAAAGUCAGCUUAGAAAACCAACCUAUUUGUUUGAAUCAGAUGCAACUGAAUGACAUGCCGGUACUAGAUAGUAUCAUCAAGGAGUCUCUGAGGCUUUCCAGUGCCUCCCUGAACAUCCGGACUGCUAAAGAGGAUUUCACUUUGCACCUCCAGGACGGUUCCUAUAAUAUCCGCAAAGAUGACAUCAUAGCUCUGUAUCCUCAGCUGAUGCAUUUAGAUCCAGAAAUCUACGCAGACCCUUUGACAUUUAAAUAUGACCGCUAUCUUGAUGAAAAUGGGAAGACAAAGACCACCUUCUACAGCAAUGGACUCAAAUUAAAAUAUUACUACAUGCCUUUCGGGUCAGGAGCGACGAUAUGUCCUGGAAGAUUAUUUGCUGUCCAGGAAAUCAAGCAAUUUUUGAUUCUGAUGCUUUCCUAUUUUGAACUAGAGUUUGUGGAGAGCAAUGUUAAAUGUCCCCUUUUGGACCAAUCCCGUGCAGGCUUGGGUGUUUUACCACCAUUAAAUGAUGUUCAGUUUAAAUAUAAAUUCAAACAUUUGUGA